GAUAUCUGAGUCUUCACCAGCACAUCGAGAGAGACGGAGAGAGAAGCAGCUGACAGGACGACUCAGGAGAAAGCAAAGAUGCAGUGGAGUCUGUUUGUGCUCUUUCUGAUGGGUCAGUGUUCCUUCUUCACAUGUCACCUCUAUGAGUACCACUUCAUUCCUGAGGGAAAGACCUGGGAUGAAGCCCAGAGUUAUUGCAGAGAGCAUUUCACUGACCUGGCCACAGUGUCUGACAUGAGAGACGUGGAGAGACUGACUAACUCUUCACAGACUACAGGCGCCUGGAUUGGACUGAGGAGCAUCAAUGAAAAAAUGAUCAAAGAGUGGCGCUGGUCUCUGCCGGGGGAGAAGUACAAUCCUACAGAAUGUGAUCCAGAAUGGCUUCCAAAUGAGCCGAACAAUGGAGGUGUCGAUCCUGAGAACUGUGUGGUGAUUAAAACCUCCCAAAAAUGGUACGAUGACCAUUGUUCUCGCACCCCUAAAAGGUUUAUCUGCUACAAUGAAACAGGGCCACAGAAAUACUUUUUAAUUGAUGAACCAAAGAACUGGCUUGAGGCUCAGAGCUACUGCAGAGAAAAUCACACUGACCUGGUCAGUGGAAUCACACACAUCAGAUCAGAUGGAUUCAAGGAACGGGUUGAUGAAUUCAAGAAACGUGUCCAAGAUAAGGGUAUAAUUCAUAAGGUCCUGUGGAUCGGCCUGUUCAGAGAGAUCUGGAGCUGGUCAGAUGGGAAGAAUUUCUCUUUCAGACACUGGGAUCCGGACUCAUUUAAAGAUGAAGCCUCAAAGACAUGUGCUAUGACUACGUCCAAUGGAAAGUGGAGCUCCGACAACUGCAUGGAUCCAAAACCCUUCUACUGCUAUGACGACAAAGUGAUCCUGAUCAAUGAGAGUAAGACUUGGGAUGAGGCCCUGACUUACUGCAGAGAGAACCACCAUGACCUGGUCUCCAUCACUGACAGUCACCAGCAGAGAUGGGUCGAAAAGAGAGCCAAGAUGACCGACACUGAGUUCGUCUGGCUGGGAAUGCGCUACACCUGCACUCUGGAUCUGUGGUUCUGGGUCAAUGAUCGUCUGGUCUGCUAUCACAACUGGGCCCAAGACAACAUGGAUGAGCAGUGUGGCAUGGCUGGAGUCAUGGAGAGAGAUGGAGAGUGGUACACAAAGGCUGACAGUGAAAAGUUUCAUUUCAUCUGCGCUAAGUAAACCCAUUGGUAUAUUUACUGCAACAAGCUCACUCUUCUCUAAUAUGUGUCUGCUCUCUGGGUUUAUUGAAUGGCUCUAGUUCAAAUAUAGAAAUCACAACCUGAAGAGGGGAGAAACUAAAUUACUAACAGAUUACUAACUGAAAUUGAGAAAAAUGGGCGACACUAAAUUUAACAUGUGUUUGCCUCUGUGAACAUCUGAAUGACUUGAUAUGGUUUUGUUGUAGUAGUUAUUGAUAUAAUGCAUGUAUAUUUAUCCUCUUAAAGUGUGAAACCUGUAAUCUUCAUUUGAAUUGUUGUUGUGUCCUAUUAUAUGUUUAUGAGAAAAAAUAUAUAAAAAGACAAAUCUAUUAUGUUUUGCUUUCCAUAAAAUAUGUUACGUUAUGGUUGAAAUGUGGUGAUGGUUAUAAUAUGUGUAUCACUAUUUUUGUCAUAUUUACCUUAAUGGAGUUUUAACUGGAUGUUUAAUUGUCUAAAACUGAAUAAACGAUCUGAC